GGUAGAGUGGAAGCGCAGAGUUCUUGUGAAAACUCUUGCGCGGCUUCAUGGCGGUAUGUGGCGGACAAGACACAAUAAAAACAAUACAACUUCACGCUGAUUAAUGGCGCAGGAAUGAUGGAAAAGACCGAAGAGCCUCCUUCCUCAAACACCGAGGAAGAGGGUUCUGAAAAAGACAAAAUCUGGUGUUUACAGCGCGUGGGGAAGGACCGUGACUGGCUGCAUCUGUUCGAGGGCUCAGAGGUUUCUGUUGGUCGUGGUCUAAACGUGACCCAUCAGAUUCUGUCGACCAGCUGUCCACUGAUGAUAUCCAGAAUCCACUGUUUGUUCAAGAAAAAUGAUGAUGGAGAGUGGACAGUGACGGACAAUAAGAGUCUGAAUGGCGUGUGGAUCAACGGGAGCCGGAUACCGGCUGGAAACCCGUUUUUACUCAAGCAGGGUGACUCUGUGCGGCUCGGAGUGCCUCUCGACGGCAACCCGGUGGAGUUCGACUACAUCCUCGCGCAGAAGAACCUCAGCGACGUCAAGUCCUUCCUGUCCGGCAGAGAGUCCGACGCCGCUCCCGUGGGCCAGAAACUGAAAAACUCCAAGCGCAAGUUCGACGGGGACGAGUCGGAGCCGUGUCCCACGCAGAACUCCAAGUCCAAGCUGUACCGCAGCUCCGGGCCGGAUAAGUCUCGAGCGCAGCCCUGUCCGUCCGCGGAGCGCCGGGAGACGGGCCGCUUCUCCUCUAAACCCCCGGAGGAGGACCGCGGCGGCGAUAAAGCGGGGAGCAGCUCGGGCGGCGGCAGCGAGAGCAGCCAGCAGCUGGCCAGCGUGCGCCGCUAUAACAGGAACCUGCUGGCGCUAAAGGGCCGCGUGGGACACACGCAGAAGCGCGCGGCGGAGCUGGAGCGGCAGCAGCACCAGACGCCCGAGAGAGAGCGGGAGAUGCAGGACCUGCAGGCGCAGCUCGAGCUGCUCCGGGGUCAGCUGAGGUCACAGCAGGAGCAGGCCCUCAGACGCAUGGAGACCCUGGAGAAGUCCUUCUGUGAGGAGGAGAGACGGCUGGAGACCGAAAAAGCACAACAGAACGAGGAAGGCUUGAAAAAGCAGCUCGAGGCGGCGUUGAAAGAGCACCGGAAAGUUAUUGAGGAGCUCAAACACGCUCGAGAAGGAUUUAAGGAAGUUCUUCAAGCCAAAGAUAAGGAGCUGGAAGUUACAAAGGAAGAGAAAGAAAAGGCCAAAGCUCAGAAAGAGGAAGUGGUCACACAGAUGACCGAAGUGCUCGAGAGUGAACUGCAGUGCAGCGUCUGUUCUGAGCUCUUCAUCGAGGCCGUGACGCUCAACUGCGCCCACAGCUUCUGUCAGCACUGCAUUCGAGAGUGGCGUAAUCGCAAGGACAAGUGUCCCAUGUGCUGGCAGACCAUCACGUCCCAGACGCGCUCUCUGGUCCUGGACAACUGCAUCGACCGCAUGGUGGAGAACCUGAGCGCCGACAUGAGAGAGCGACGCCUGGCGCUGAUCAAUGAGCGGAAAGGUCAGAAAGCCAGCGUGUCCCCGGCCGUGGUGGUAAUAAAUGACGACAGCGACAGCAGCAGCAGCAGCGACACGUUCUUUCAGAGCGACAGCUCCGUGUUCCUGGACUCCUCCGAGUCUAACGGCUCUCUGGUUCACUACCCCAUCGACGACGACGACGACGACGACUCGUCCUGGACCGACGAGGACGAUUACCUUUGAGAAACACUCAGACACGCACACGCACAGCCCGUUUGUCUGGUUUCAUUUAGCCAUGCUAUUUUUAUGUUUGUAGCGCGCUGUACGACCCGUUUCUUUGUUAAAAUAAACUUUAUAAUUAUUUUGCACUCA